AGGAGUCAUUACAGCUGACUUUCUAUCAGGAUUAUUUCACUGGGGAGCAGACACCUGGGGAUCUGUGGAACUACCCAUAGUUGGAAAGGCUUUCAUCAGACCAUUUAGAGAACAUCAUAUUGACCCCACAGCAAUUACCAGACAUGAUUUCAUAGAGACCAAUGGAGACAACUGCUUUAUGACAUUAGUCCCGUUGGCAAAUAUGGCAUACAAAUUUGUUUCUUUUUCCCCAGAGGCAUUAUAUGAAACAUGUCCAUGGGAGUGCUACGUCUUUGCCCUGAUCAUCUUCAUAACCAUGACGAACCAGAUUCACAAGUGGUCCCACACGUACUUUGGUCUUCCUCGUUGGGUCGUCUUUCUACAGGACUGGCAUGUUAUCCUGCCCCGGAAACACCACAGGAUCCACCACGUGUCUCCACACGAGACGUAUUUCUGCAUUACAACUGGUUGGCUGAACUAUCCACUAGAGAAGAUAGGAUUCUGGAGGUGCUUGGAGAACAUCAUCCAAGGAAUUACUGGGGAGAAGCCAAGAGCAGAUGACAUGAAAUGGGCUCAAAAAAUUAAAUAACUUUUGCCAGCCUUCUGCAAUCCUCAUCUUUGUUGCCAAUGUUUUUUUUUAAAAAAAGAAAGCCAUCAGCCAAAUUCAAGACUUGCAAA